AUGCUGCCAGUUCUAGCAGCUCUGAUUGCGGUGGCCGGAGCCCAGGCCACUCUGAGCAAUGCCACGAGUUCGCGAGUGCUGCAGGGUUCCCUUGGCAACAGCUCCAACUGGACGGAGAUGGCGAGCUUCAACAACACUCCGGGCAAGCGCUUGCUGCAAGGUACCCUGGGCAACAGCUCCAAUUGGACGGAGAUGUUGAGCUUCAACAACACUCCGGGCAAGCGCUUGCUGCAAGGUACCCUGGGCAACAGCUCCAACUGGACGGAGAUGUUGAGCUUCAACAACACUCCCGGCAAGCGCUUGCUGCAAGGUUCCCUGGGCAACGGCUCCAAUUGGACGGAGAUGGUGAGCUUGAACAACACUCCGGGCAAGCGCUUGCUGCAAGCUUCCCUGGGCAACAGCUCCAACUGGACGGAGAUGGUGAGCUUCAACAACACUCCGGGUAAGCGCUUGCUGCAAGGUACCCUGGGCAACGGCUCCAAUUGGACGGAGAUGUUGAGCUUCAACAACACUCCGGGCAAGCACUUGCUGCAAGGUACCCUUGGCAACGGCUCCAAUUGGACGGAGAUGUUGAGCUUCAACAACACUCCGGGCAAGCGCUUACUGCAAGGUGCUCUGGGCAACAGCUCCAAUUGGACGGAGAUGGUGAGCUUCAACAACACUCCGGGCAAACGCUUGCUGCAAGGUGCCCUUGGCAACAGCUCCAAUUGGACGGAGAUGGUGAGCUUCAACAACACUCCGGGCAAGCGCUUGCUGCAAGGUGCCCUGGGCAACGGCUCCAAUUGGACGGAGAUGGUGAGCUUUAACAACACUCCGGGCAAGCGCUUGCUGCAAGGUGCUCUGGGCAACAGCUCCAACUGGACGGAGAUGGUGAGCUUGAACAACACUCCGGGCAAGCGCUUGCUGCAAGGUGCCCUGGGCAACAGCUCCAACUGGACGGAGAUGGUGCCCUGGCAACAGCUCCAACUGGACGGAGAUGGUGAGCUUCAACAGCACUCCGGGAAGCGAUUGCUGCAAGGUGCCCUGGGCAACAGCUCCAACUGGACGGAGAUGGUGAGCUUCAACAACACUCCGGGCAAGCGCUUGCUGCAAGGUGCCCUGGGCAACAGCUCCAACUGGACGGAAAUGGUGAGCUUGAACAACACUCCGGGCAAGCGCUUGCUGCAAGGUGUCCUGGGCAACAGCUCCAACUGGACGGAGAUGGUGAGCUUCAACAACACUCCCGGUAAGCGCUUGCUGCAAGGUGCCCUUGGCAACAGCUCCAACUGGACGGAGAUGGUGAGCUUCAACAACACUCCGGGCAAGCGCUUGCUGCAAGGUGCUCUGGGCAACAGCUCAAACUGGACGGAGAUGGUGAGCUUCGACAACACCCCGGGCAAGCGCUUGCUGCAAGGUGCCCUGGGCAACAGCUCCAACUGGACGGAGAUGGUGAGCCUUAACAACACUCCGGGCAAGCGCUUGCUGCAAGGUGCCCUGGGCAACAGCUCCAACUGGACAGAGAUGGUGAGCUUCAACAACACUCCGGGCAAGCGCUUGCUGCAAGGUGCUCUGGGCAACAGCUCCAACUGGACGGAGAUGGUGAGCUUCAACAACACCCCGGGCAAGCGCUUGCUGCAAGGUGCCCUGGGCAACAGCUCCAACUGGACGGAGAUGGUGAGCUUCAACAACACUCCGGGCAAGCGCUUGCUGCAAGGUGCCCUGGGCAACAGCUCCAACUGGACGGAGAUGGUGAGCCUUAACAACACUCCUGGCAAGCGCUUGCUGCAAGGUACCCUGGGCAACAGCUCCAAUUGGACGGAGAUGGUGAGCUUGAACAACACUCCGGGCAAGCGCUUGCUGCAAGGUGCCCUGGGCAACAGCUCCAACUGGACGGAGAUGGUGAGCUUCAACAACACUCCGGGCAAGCGCUUGCUGCAAGGUGCCCUGGGCAACAGCUCCAACUGGACGGAGAUGGUGAGCUUCAACAACACUCCGGGCAAGCGCUUGCUGCAAGGUGCCCUGGGCAACAGCUCCAACUGGACGGAGAUGGUGAGCUUCAAUAAAACUCCCGGUAAGCGCUUGUUGCAAGGUGCCCUUGGCAACAGCUCCAACUGGACGGAGAUGGUGAGCUUCAACAACACUCCGGGCAAGCGAUUGCUGCAAGGUACCCUUGGCAACGGCUCCAAUUGGACGGAGAUGGUGAGCUUCAACAACACUCCGGGCAAGCGCAGCUCCAACUGGACGGAGAUGGUGAGCCUUAACAACACUCCGGGCAAGCGCUUGCUGCAAGGUGCCCUGGGCAACAGCUCCAACUGGACGGAGAUGGUGAGCUUCAACAACACUCCGGGCAAGCGCUUGCUGCAAGGUGCCCUGGGCAACAGCUCCAACUGGACGGAGAUGGUGAGCUUCAACAACACUCCGGGCAAGCGCUUGCUGCAAGGUGCCCUGGGCAACAGCUCCAACUGGACGGAGAUGGUGAGCUUCAACAAAACUCCCGGUAAGCGCUUGUUGCAAGGUGCCCUGGUCAACAGCUCCAACUGGACGGAGAUGUUGAGCUUCAACAACACCCCGGGCAAGCGCUUGCUGCAAGGUGCUCUGGGCAACAGCUCCAACUGGACGGAGAUGUUGAGCUUCAACAACACUCCGCGCAAGCGCUUGCUGCAAGGUGCCCUGGGCAACAGCUCCAACUGGACGGAGAUGGUGAGCCUUAACAACACUCCGGGCAAGCGCUUGCUGCAAGGUGCCCUGGGCAACAGCUCCAACUGGACGGAGAUGGUGAGCUUCAACAACACUCCGGGCAAGCGCUUGCUGCAAGGUGCCCUGGGCAACAGCUCCAACUGGACGGAGAUGGUGAGCUUCAACAACACUCCGGGCAAGCGCUUGCUGCAAGGUGCCCUGGGCAACAGCUCCAACUGGACGGAGAUGGUGAGCUUCAACAACACUCUGGGCAACAGCUCCCGCGUGGCGCAGCAUUCUGAAGGUCGAUUCCUCCAGCGCCGGGAAGGGAGCACUGAGUCUUUGCCUUUUCGCGUUCUUCGUAGCCUCGGGCUGAUGUGA